UAUCUUAUUUGUGAUUAUGGUAAGAAAGUAGAAACUAGAAACCCUGUAGGCUGUAGCCACUAGGCUGUACAUUAAUCAUUAACGAAUAACGAUAUUAAUUUUAUUAAAUAUUUUAUAAUAAUUAAUUAAUAAUGCACGUCUUGGUCAAGACUCUUGGACGCCCAGAAAGAAGUUUAUAACGAACUGUUAUAAGACGUCCGUUAAUAGUGUAGUGACUCAUGUAUUCUGUACUUUUUCUUUAAAUCUUUGAAUAAAUUACAAAGAAAUUAAUAUUGACUAUUGAGUAAUAAAUACUGAAUAUUUAUACUUAAUUUCUUUUCAGAAUUAUCAUUUUAAAAUUAAUAUUUUUCUGUUGGCAAGUUCCAACAUAUUAAAAACCAUGUUUAUAGAUGAAACGACCGAUCUAACAUCAUUAGUUGAUAUUAGUUGUAACUGGUUGUCGAAUGUCGAUGGUAAGGAUAUUAGAGACUGUAUGGUGGUUCGGCUACACCAAACACGAGAAGAAGAUAUUGAUGAAAUGGAUUACUCGAGCAUGUUACAGUUCUGCAUUAACUUCAUGCAACCAAAUUUAAAUAAUGAAGACUGUGAUCAAGACCUACCAACAUUUACCAUAGAACUAAAAAGCAAACCUCGUUAUAUAAUUAAAAAAGUUGUUUUGUGCUCCCAGGCUAAAAUUAUUGAACUUUUUGGCAACAAUGAAGAAUAUAUCUCUACACAUAAUUCUACGGGUAUCAAUAAUUUUAACAUUCAUACAAUGUGUGUAAAUAAUACCGCUUGUAGUUUAAAGCUCAAGCAAUUAACAGACGAUAAAUUUGGGUGGAUAUAUUGUUUACAUGUUUAUUUAUUGAAAACUGAAGAUAAUUUUAAUUGUAAAAUUGGACCUGUAAAUUUACAAAAUGUAAUAAAUAUAUUAAAUUCCGAGUCCGUACCAACAAAUGUUUCCAUGUUACUUUCUACAUUAAGUCAAAGAAAUUUAUCUUCUAAGAAUUCCACUCAUAAUAAUGAAUGUUUUGAAAAUGGUAUUGUUCGCCUAGAAAAACUUGUACAAGAAAAGUUUAAUAGCAUGGAACAACAGAUACAUACAGUAGCAAGUAAUGUAGAAAUGUUAAAUACAAAGUUUGAUAAUCUUCUUGCUUUACUUAAUAAAGAAAAAUAAUUAUUAUUAAAAACUACUUUUCUGUUAAAUAUUAUACUGUAAAUAAAAUUGUACGUAUAAUAUAAAUAUUACAUUUGUCAAUAAAAUUAAGUUGCUAUUAAGUUUAUUUUAAUAUAUUAUAAAACCAUAAUUAUGUUCUUUAAUUUUUAAGUUAGUAUUAGUGAUUAAAAAAUAAUAACAUUGUUGUCAAUCAAAACCAGUUUUGUAAUUGUACUAUAAGGAACCUUGCCUGUUUUUAAUGUUCCUGACCAUUUGCUUGAUCGUACACUCACACAUACAGUUAUUGGUAAUAAUAAAAUAAUGUAAAUUCAAUUUAUUGUAAUGCAGUCUACA